CAAACAGCAAUGCAGUGGUUAGAGGGACAAGCUGUACUGGAACAUUUUACCAAAAUAGAUAAAGGACAACAUGAAGGAAAAUUUAAAUGUAAUUAUUGCAAUCGUAGAUUGAAUGAGAAUGUAUCUGGAUUAAGAAUGCAUUGUUUAAAACACGGAAUUAAUUUUGUCAAUUCUGAACAACAAAAUACAGAAAUAAAUGAACAAAAUUCAUUAGAGGAGAUGUAUAACGAACUUUUUGGGCCGAAUCACAAUGACGAUGUUGUGCCUGCAUCACAGGGCUAUGGGCAUCAUGCUCAAUAUUUGACCGAUGCUGAAUAUGAACAUGAACACAAAAGGCCAUUGAAGAAUCUGUUCGUCAAAUGCCUCGGGGUCGGGGAGGUCCAAUAAUACG